AUGAGUAAAGAUAAAUCCUCCAAGGACUCCUCUAAAAAGGAGAAGAAGGAAAAGCGCAGCGAAAAAGAUGGCGUGAAAAAAUCCAAGAAGGACAAGAAGCCAAAGCUUGAUGCAGAUAAAGUUGCUGCGGAAAUCAGCAAGCGGGAAGAAGAAGGAGAGACUGAGAUUGCAAAAAUAGUGGUCAAGGAUGGAGAGCUUGUGCUGAAGCCUGUUGGCGCGCUGGUACCGUUUGCGAAUCCAUUGGCAGAUGAAAAGGUUGCGAAGAAGGUGCUAAAGGGUGUCAAGAAAGCUGCGAAAAACAAGACCCUCAAGCGCGGCGUAAAAGAAGUCGUAAAAGCACUCCGCAAAUCUCCCCUCGGUGCCCCCGCCGCCUCUGGCUCCUCGAUCCCAGGAAUCGUCAUCCUCGCAGCAGAUAUCUCGCCCAUGGACGUCAUUUCUCACAUCCCCGUCCUUUGCGAAGACCACAACGUCCCCUACAUCUUCGUCACGAGCAGAGCCGAGCUAGGAGCAGCUGGCAACACCAAGAGGCCCACGAGCGUGGUUAUGGUCAGCGAGAAGAGCGGCAAGAAGGACGAGAAGCCCGAUGAGGAGUUCCUGGAUGUUUAUAAGGACUUGUUGAAGGUUGUGGAGAAGGAGGGAAGGAAUGUUAGGAUUUGA